GCCUACCCACAAUCCCUUGCGUCGUCUGUGCACCGCCAGAUAACAGACAGCAAAUUUCUUGUGAAAUAUUACAAAUUAUUUCGGCGUUUUUGCAAACUUUUCGGCCCUUUUCCACACCGCCGUGUAGUCGCCCACACAAUGCCGAAGAAUAAAGGAAAGGGAGGUAAGAACCGUAGAAGGGGUAAGAACGAAAAUGAAACGGAAAAACGUGAGCUGGUCUUCAAGGAAGAUGGACAGGAGUAUGCACAAGUCACAAAAAUGUUGGGGAAUGGACGGCUGGAAGCAAUGUGCUUUGAUGGCGUUAAGAGGUUAUGUCACAUACGAGGCAAGCUUAGGAAGAAGGUGUGGAUCAAUCAAGGCGAUAUUAUCCUCAUCGGUUUAAGAGACUACCAAGACGCCAAAGCGGACGUAAUUUUGAAAUACACACCGGACGAAGCUCGUAAUUUGAAGACGUACGGCGAGUUCCCUGAAUCUGUAAGAAUCAACGAGACAGUCACGUUCGUUGAAGAAGGCUUUGAUGAAGAUAUCGAAUUUGGUGAUGAUAUUAGUUCAGCAGACGAAGCUGAUCCUGUCGAUGGCAUCUGAUGUCCACAUCAAUCUUCCAUCAAGUACUUGCCAUCUGAUUUCACGGUACUUCAGUUGGUUUCAUCUAUAGGUAAAAUUUGUUCAUAACUGUUAACAUGUACAAUUAAACAAGUGCUUUUUGUUGAAAAUCUGGAUUCCGUUUGUGUAUAUUAAUUAUUUUUCGAACUCAUUAGAAAAGUACUUGUUGGCUUAAUUAUUUCUUAAUUUAAAGGUUCUGUAUAUUAUUUUAUAUGGUUUUCACAUUUACAUUAGGUUUUUAUUUUUCAAAGAACGAAAAAUAUUGUAAAAGUUUAAAAAAUAAAAAAUAUUGUAACCAAAUUGUCUGUUUUCAUGGUGAAAUAGUUAUUUGUUAUAAGCUGUUUUGUUGUUGACUGAUUGGUUGAUUAAUAGUCAAUAUGUUUGAUUCCAAUUUUGAUGUAGUAAUUUGAACACAAAUUUUUAUUUGUAUUAACGUUUUUUACUUACAAAUUUAGUAAUAAUUAUAUUUUAACAGAAUGGAAAAAGUAGUAAGUACAUUGUAAAAUCUAUAAGUUGUCAGCUGUAAAUAGAAUAAAUGUGUUAUUUAAUUUGAA